CAACAUCGACCCGGAGAUCGUGGAGCGGAUGGACGCCGAGGUGCGGGCGCUGACGGGCGUGGCGCUGGAGGACCUGCUCAACCCAUCCAAGGUGGUCAACCUCGAGCGCGAGCGCAUCCUCACUGAGGCUGAGCUCGGCGCGGCAGCAGACGGCGCGGAGAGGGCCGAGCUGCAGGAGAAACUCGAUAAGAUCGAGACGCGGCUGGCUGCGGAGAAGCGGACGGUGUUCCGCGGCUGGCUCAAGAACCUCUUCAUCGGCCAGUCUCUCCUCGCGAUCGCCAUCUCGGGCCUGAUGGUCUACGACGCCAUCCCGGGCGUGCAGCUGGACCUCUCUCUGCGGGCACUCGGCUUCUGGUCUUACUGGCUCUUUGUCAUCCCCUCGCUCCGCGCCCGCCGCCCCCGCGGCUGGGAAAAGCGCGCCCUCAACCUCGCCUUCCUCGGCUCCCCGCUCCUCACGCUCGGGAUGCCAUUCCUGACCAAGGAGCCCUCCCUCAUCUGGUGCGCCAACCUCGCACUGCUCCUCGGCUGCUACGCCUACGGCCUCGCCGCGGGAGACGGCGACGGCGAGGUCGACAGCUUCAGCGGCCCGCUGCGCUGGCUCGACUUCGGCUCGGGGCAGGAGCGUGGCGUGCGCGGCGCGGCGCGAGAGAGGCUGCUCGCGAGGGACGAGGUGGCGAGCCGCAAAGCGGCGGAGCCCGCGGCCGGGGUGGGCUCGAGCAAUGCUGCGGACGAGUGAGGCGUGUGAGAC